AUGCAGCACACUCGUUCCAUGCGUGACAUUUCUGUGGAUUCCGACGCGCUUUGCAUGCCUGCGAGCCGAACUCUUGGAGGCUGCUCAGGGGCGCAAGGUGGCCAUCUUAGCGCUGGAACGGCAGCGCCUGCCUUUCUUUUGGAAUGCUUGCGAGACACACCUGCUCGUAGCACAUCUGGAGAAGGAGGAGCUUUUCUGGCGGUUGUGGUGGAAGAAGAAACUUUCUUUUUUUUUCGGUCCAGAUCUUUAAGCGGGGCGGCUCACGAACGGCUAACUCGUCAGGCGGCAAUGGUGGCUCAGGGAAAGGGCGUUUUGUCGCAUCUAGGGGGUCUGCUCGCCCCAUGUGCGACUGGACCUGGAAGGAGGGAAAGGCGGUUCUCUGGAGGAGCCGACGGAUGUGGACGUGAGGGUCGUUUGCUACUCCUUUCAAUGCUGCAGUGGAGCUUCGGUGUUGUCUUGUCCUUUGCGAUGCCGAGGACAAGAGCGAUAAUUGUGGUGGCGUAG